CUCACACUGACACUGAGAGCAAGAGGAAGAGGAGAGAAACCGAGAGCAUCCCUACUUACUCUCCAGUGUAUACUUGUUGCUAUUUACCUCACACAGGAGUGGUCAGAUCAGUCUGGACAUGGUGAUGUCUGAAUGAAAAGUAGUGUAUUUUCCGACAUGUCGCUACGUGGCUCAUGAUGCCUCCAUCAGCUCCCAGCAGAGAGUCGGAUAUCUGGACGGAGAACACAAGUUUGAAUCUCGAGAUUACUCCUGAAAUGUUGCUGCUGUCCGUUCAUGGGACGAACCGGGAUAUACGGGAGACAGGAAGCAACAAGGAGGGACCCUGAUGUGGUCAUCUCCAGGAUCAUGUCUUCUUAAUCCACCAGACUGUGUCUUUCAGUCUUUUCAGGUGACCGAGUGACUUGAAAGUGAAGAUGAUCAAAUCUGGAUCUUACUCGGCCUCCUCGGAGCCGCCGGACAAUAUGGACAUCAUCCGCAGCAAGACGCACACCCGCCGGGUGAGACUCAACGUCGGCGGCCUCCUCCACGAGGUCCUAUGGAGGACUCUGGACCGGCUGCCCCGCACCAGGCUGGGCAAGCUGAGAGACUGCAACACCCACGAGUCCAUCAUGGAGAUAUGCGACGACUACAGCCUGGACAGCAACGAGUACUUCUUCGACAGACACCCCGGCGCCUUCACCUCCAUCCUCAACUUCUACCGUACCGGGAAGCUGCACAUGAUGGAGGAGAUGUGUGCCCUGUCCUUCAGCCAAGAGCUGGACUUCUGGGGCAUAGACGAGAUCUACCUUGAAUCCUGCUGCCAGGCAAGGUACCACCAGAAGAAGGAGCAGAUGAAUGAGGAGCUGAAAAGGGAGGCCGAGAACAUGAGGGAGAGGGAAGGAGAGGAGUUUACCACCACGUGUUGUUCCGAGAAGAGGAGGAAACUGUGGGACCUCCUGGAGAAGCCAAGCUCCUCAUUUGCUGCUAAGAUCCUGGCCAUCAUCUCCAUCCUCUUCAUCGUACUAUCUACCAUUGCCUUGUCUCUGAACACCCUUCCAGAGUUGCAGGACACAGAUGAGUUUGGCCAAACCACAGACAACCCACAACUGGCCCAUGUGGAAGCUGUAUGCAUUGCCUGGUUUACCAUGGAGUACCUGCUACGCUUCCUAUCCUCCCCCAGCAAAUGGAAGUUCUUUAAGGGUCCUCUAAACAUAAUUGACCUGCUGGCCAUCCUGCCCUACUAUGUCACCAUCUUCUUGACAGAGUCAAACAAGAGUGUGCUGCAGUUUCAGAACGUGCGACGCGUGGUCCAGAUCUUCCGGAUCAUGCGAAUAUUGCGUAUUCUGAAGCUGGCUCGUCACUCCACUGGUCUUCAGUCUCUGGGAUUCACUCUUAGGAGGAGUUACAAUGAACUAGGGCUGCUGAUCCUUUUUUUGGCCAUGGGCAUCAUGAUAUUUUCCAGUCUUGUGUUCUUUGCAGAAAAGGAUGAAGAGGACACCAAGUUCAAAAGCAUCCCAGCUUCCUUUUGGUGGGCUACCAUUACCAUGACCACAGUAGGCUAUGGAGAUAUUUACCCAAAAACUCUUCUGGGAAAGAUAGUUGGAGGGUUGUGCUGCAUUGCUGGGGUACUGGUGAUAGCCCUGCCAAUCCCCAUCAUUGUCAAUAACUUCUCUGAGUUCUACAAAGAGCAAAAGAGGCAAGAGAAAGCCAUCAAGAGAAGGGAGGCUCUGGAGAGGGCCAAAAGGAAUGGUAGCAUUGUCUCUAUGAACAUUAAAGACGUGAUUGGUCACAACAUAGAGCUCAUGGAUGUAAUGGUGGAAAAUAGAAAUGAAAAGACAGACAAGGAACAAGAUAACCAUGUGUCUCCUGUUCCGUCCAAAGGGUCAUCCAAACCCAAAUCCUACAUGAGCCAGAGUAGUCCAAUCAAGACCCUCGAACCAAGCAACCAAGAGGAGGCCAAGCCUUCAAGCAACCCACAGCAUCUCAGUGCCCAGAAACUGGAGGAGACGUACAACAAGAUGGCCAAGGCCCAACCACAAUCCAACCUCGACAGCAAGGAAAAAGGGUCGCUGUCCAAAGCAGGGAGGCAGAAAGCUGAAUUUGAGAUGGGAAGCAUCGCUGCUGAGGCUAUUUCCAGCCCGUCAGAGGGCAUUUCAGACAUGAGGAGUAUGUCUAGCAUUGACAGCUUCAUUAGCUGUGCCACAGACUUUCCUGAGAGUUCUCGUUUCUCCCUCAGCCCGGUCAGCGACAUAUUUGGAAAAGUAAGCACCAACCCCAGCCUGGAACCCACCUUGGAGAAUGAGCAUGAAGGAUCCCAGGGCAACAGUACACCCCUGACAGGACACAGUACCAAGUCCAGCCCAUACCCUGAAAGCCCUCGGGGUCUGCGCUUCAAAAACCAACUUAAAAGCCGCUCACUCAAAGUCAACUUCAGAGCAAGGGAAGACUCGGGGACAGGGGUGCUUUCAGACAGCUCAUCAGUCCAGAGCCCUGAGGCAUCCAUCUACACAACUGCCAGCAGCAGGACACCAAGUAAGAGCCCAGAGAAUUUACCGCCAAGCAUCUUCACAUUCCACGACUCAUCCAUCAAUAAAUUCAUUGAUGCUGACACGGAUGAGGAGGAGCACCUGCAUGAUGGUGCAGGUCCCUACCUGUCUCAAAGACUCUUGGAAAAAGCCAGUCCCAAGUGUGGCCAUCACUCAGGCUUCCAGCAAGGGUCCAACCACACAGAGGGCCUCCAGAGGAAGCUUGGGAACAGCACACUACCAGCACAAGGGCAGGAAAACCAUGUGGCUCAGGAACUACUGCCACUUCAGGGAGAGCAGAGUCAUUAUUAAGCUUAAGGACAUAAAGAGAAAGACUUUUAAGUAAUGUACAGGAGAGGAGAAAACAGUAAGGGAAACAAA